AUGGCCAAAGACAACUCCACUGUUCGCUGCUUCCAGGGUCUGCUGAUUUUCGGAAAUGUGAUUGUUGCGAUGUGCGGCAUCGCUCUGACCGCAGAGUGCAUCUUCUUUGUAUCCGACCAACACAGCCUCUAUCCACUGCUCGAAGCCACCGACAACGAUGACAUCUAUGGGGCUGCUUGGAUUGGCAUGUUUGUCGGCAUCUGCCUCUUCUGCCUGUCCGUUCUAGGCAUUGUAGGCAUCAUGAAAUCAAGCAGGAAACUUCUUCUGGCGUAUUUCAUUCUGAUGUUUAUAGUAUAUGGCUUUGAAGUGGCAUCUUGUAUCACAGCAGCAACACAACGAGACUUUUUCACACCCAACCUCUUCCUGAAGCAAAUGUUGGAAAGGUAUCAAAACAGCAGCCCUCCAAACAAUGAUGACCAGUGGAAAAACAAUGGUGUCACCAAGACCUGGGACAGGCUCAUGCUCCAGGACAACUGCUGUGGUGUAAAUGGUCCAUCAGACUGGCAGAAGUAUACAUCUGCCUUCCGGGCUAAGAACAAUGAUGCUGACUAUCCCUGGCCUCGUCAGUGUUGUGUUAUGAACAAUCUUAAAGAACCUCUCAACCUGGAGGCUUGCAAACUAGGAGUACCUGGUUAUUAUCACAGUCAGGGCUGCUAUGAACUGAUCUCCGGUCCAAUGAACCGACAUGCCUGGGGGGUGGCCUGGUUUGGAUUUGCCAUUCUCUGCUGGACUUUUUGGGUUCUUCUGGGUACCAUGUUCUACUGGAGCAGAAUUGAGUAUUAAUUAAGCAUGAACUGUCACCACCAUACCUCCUUCCCCUGGACUUCAUACUGGAAUGGGCUCUCUCCUAAUAUUCCACAUUUAUGCUUCAUACCAACAUGAGCAUUGCCAGCGCAGAUGGUAUGGAGUCCCUUUAGGCUCUCAGCCUCCUGAAAUUCUCCUGACUAGUACUUCUCAUCCGGUCUAGGAUUCUACAACAUUUUUAUAGACUGUGAGAGAGAGAAAACUUGGAAAGUUGAUCAUCACUACUCCCAUCUCUGCUUAUUUUUAACUGGACAUUCAAUGGAACCUGUGUUAUCACAGUA